GAACAGGAAAUUAAGUAUGCGAACCUGUGAUCUGCAGGCCCACCACAGCUGUCACAUGACGAGGAUUUCCGCUUUGACACAUUUUGUUUUUGGCUGCAAAGCAGGGCAGGGCCACACAACUGCUGAAGAGCUGCUGCAGCAAGACAUGAUGGUGCUUUGAGGACUACUCUACCAUGCAGUCCACCAUGAACUCCAAUGCACUUCAGCGCCAGGGAAGCAAAGAGAAUUACAUUGUGGAUAAUACUCUGAGGAAGAAAUGUUCCCUGUGGUACCGGCGUUCACUGAGGGGAAACAAUGAUCGACACCGGCAGAGCACAGAGUCUCUGCCCAGAGUGCGCAAGCCUAAACUAAACCACUCCAACUCUCUGGUUGAUUACUCUGACCCACAAAGGAUCACAAUUGUACUGGAAAAGCAAGACAAUGAAACAUUUGGUUUUGAAAUUCAGACCUAUGGCCUGCAGCUGAAGGACAGCUCUGCAGUGGAGAUGUGCACGUUUGUGCGUAAGGUGCAGCAGGACAGCGCUGCUGAAAAUGCUGGUUUGACUGCAGGAGAUAUUAUCGUCACUAUCAACGGGGUCAGCAUUGAAGGAUCGUCUCAUCAGCAGAUACUUAAUCUGAUAAGAGAAUCAACCAACAAUUUAAAGAUGGAAACUGUAUGUGGAAAUGUGGUGAAGCAGAUAGAGCUUGAAAAGAGGAUGAACCUGCUGAAGCAAUCACUUCGUGAGAAAUUGGUGGAGCUGCAAGCACUUACAGUAGAAGAAAAACGUCUAAUGCGAGGUAACAUGAACAACAGCAGCCUCCACCUCUCAAUGGACUGUUCAGCGAUUCUGAACUCCCCCGCAGGCCGCUUUGGACGCCGUUUUUCUAGUGACAGUAGCUACAGGAGUGUGAUGACUGAUGACAGCGACCAGACCAGUGUGUUUGGGGAUCUGAACUCUCCCAGUCCCUUAAGUGCAGCCAGCACCACAGAUGAUAGCUGCUUCUUCUCCAGAGAUUUUCAUGCACAGGACAGCUCAAGCAGGUUUUCCUCGAACAGCAGCCAUCAUCACCAAUCCCUUGGUCGAUCUAGCAGCUCCAGUUUGGCUGGCAGCAGCAGCUCCCUCUCACCUUCCUGGGACGAAACAAAGAUCUCCUCCUUGUUUGGUACCUUACCCCGGAAAGGCAGGAGAGCCAGUGUUCGCAAACACAUCUUUAAGUUAAUUCCUGGACUCCAGCGAUCAGUUGAAGAGGAGGAGGUGGGGACAAACACUCAGUGAUGUCCUCUCCAUUGUGUGAUACUAAGGGUUAACAAGCAAGUUGUAAAAAUAAAUAGACACUUUAAUGAAGUGUUUCCCCACACUUAAAAAGUUGGGUUAACCCUUCCACAGGGACACAGACAUUGUGGCACUUGGCAUUUGUCAAUGUCAAAGUUUACCCAGGAGGAUCCUGAGCCUUGUUUGGCUUGUGGUGGUGCAAAAGCAUUAUGACAAUGUAAAAUAUUCUUCCUCUGAACAAGUGUUGAAUGGAUGUACGUACAAGAUAGUAAUGUUUGGGUGUGAUCAGCAUUAACCACAUCAGUCUGUACUGCGGUAGCUGUAUACAUGUAGCACAUUGCAUUUUUAAAAUGAGACUUUUGUGACCUAAAACACAUGAGAAGCAUUCAUUUUUAAAGUUAGACAAACAGUUAAACAGUACUUCAGGUGAUGAAAACCAAAACCAAAGCUCUACUCUGUAUAUAUGGCUGCUCAGCUAAAAACAGGAUGUGGGUACAAAGACGUACUACUUAACUGUUUUCAUUUCCAAAGUAAUUUUCAGGCAGUAUACUACUUACUUUCAGUGUUUGUUUAGAAGUACUGAAACGUUUUUUCUCCUUCUUUUUUCUGUUAAGUCUGAAUUUACUGAAAUUUGUAUAUUUCACGUCACACGUCAUGUUUUGGUAUCAAAUCAAGAUUAUAUGUAUGUAAAAGACCUUAGAAAAUAAUAAACAUGUGAAUC